AAACCUCUCACUUGAUUACAGAAUCUAUCAGUGUACAACAAAAAGCCACCAGCCGUCAUGCGCCUGUAUUUCUGGAGAAUUUUUACGCUGUUUUCUGCGAUAGUGCUGCCACAGUGUGCAAUCAGCCUUGGCUGCCCUUUGAAAUGUUCCUGUCACGGAAAUAUAGUCGAUUGUAUCGGUGCCAAUUUAUCCUUUGUUCCUUUAAAUAUACCAAUAGACACAAAAUAUUUAAAUCUAGAUAACAAUAAUAUUCAAAGUUUGGAAAGCACGCCAUUCCAAAAUCUGAAAAUGCUUACGCGUUUAUCGUUGCGUGACAAUCAGAUUUCUUCGAUUGAUGAGAAGACAUUUAAAGAACUGCCUCAACUGUCUGCGUUAUACUUACAACGGAAUUAUUUGCAUUCUUUGAAUCCUGGUACUUUUUCAGGAGCUUCGAAUCUUCGUGAUUUGGAUUUGUCCAGAAAUACACUAUCAGAUAUAAACGGAAUAUUCAAAAAUCUUACCAAUUUACAAAACUUGUAUAUUUCCGAAAAUUUCAUUCGUCAUCUCGACGAAAACAGUUUUCGAGACCAAGUUCACCUAAAACUAUUAGAACUUAGCAAGAAUUUGCUGAAAAAGCUUAAUUUGAAAGCAUUUCAGAAUUUGAAAAGUUUAUCGAUAUUGAAAGUUGAUCAAAAUAAGAUUGACGGUAUUAGCGAAUCUCUUCCCGAUGGAAUUCCUCUCCAGAUGUUGGAUUUAUCUAGAUGCGAAAUGCGGAUAUUUCCUUCAAAAAUGCCAAAGACUGUACAAUAUUUAAAUUUGGGUAUGAACAAGCUGAUAUCGAUCUCACGAGAUAAUCUCAAGAAUCUGACUUUCUUAAAAAUGUUGAUACUUGAUAAUAGCAGAAUAAAUUAUAUAGAAGAUAAGGCUUUCGGCGGAUUAACAAAUCUUCAGGAACUGUGGCUGAAUCACAACGCAAUUUCAAUGUUUCCCAAAUAUUUACCACCUUCCUUAACAUCAUUAGUGCUAGACUAUAAUAAGAUCAAGGAAAUACCUCCGAGUACUUUUCCCGAAAAUUCGGCCUUGCAGACAAUUUCAUUACAAGGCAAUAAUUUGAAUAACAUAAGCGAGGACGCAUUUGUGGACUUGCAAAAUCUUAAGGAACUAAUACUCGAUGACAAUCAUCUUGUACAAAUCCAGGACCGUGCUUUUUCUAGUUUGACGAAUCUUGAAACGCUAACGUUAAGCAGAUGUCCUCUCCGGGUUAUAAAAAAGGAUGCAUUUAAAGGAUUAACGAAACUGAAACAACUGUACAUGACUUUCGUACAAGAACCAGCGAUUGAAAUUGAAGACUUCGCUGUGAAUUUACCUUCUCUGGAAAUACUGGAUAUUCAGUCAAGCCCAUCUUUAAUUGAAAAUAUUACCAAUUCAGAAUCAUUUUUAUUGGUUCUGAAUCAAACAGCCACGGGACUAAAAGAAUUCAAUAUCAUGAAUGGCCAUCUUACCACAUUGUCAACAUCUGUCAGAACAUAUCUGUCGGGGGUAAGAAUCAUGAAAAUAGCCGGAAAUCUCUGGUUUUGUGACGAAGAACUUAUUACCCUUUAUAAAUGGCUAGCAACAGAACCAGAUCAAUUUAUACAAAGAGAUCAAAUUACUUGUGUUCUGCCGAAAUACCUACGAGGUGUUCCCAUACAUAAUUUAACUACGGAAGAAUUUGUUGAAAUGGCGGCCUUGAGAAAAAUUAAAAAAGAUCCUGCUGAAUUUUUAAAUUUCGUUGAAACUUACGAGGAACGAAUAAUAGUAAAGGAUGUGGGUGACACGUCAAGUAACGAAGCCAAUGAAAUAUUCUACAAGAUGACCGAGUAUUGUCCAAUAAAUAACGAAGAAAUCGCUAUUACAGAUGACUAUCGUUUCAGUGGGGAGCAAAGCGCAACGUCACCGUUUCGUCACAACAUAAUCGAAUUCGAGACCAAAGAUUCAAACUAUAUGGAACGAAAUAGUUCAAAAAUCAAUAACAAUUAUGCGAGUGCUUCUGAACAGACUAAAAUUGAAUCAACACAAAAUUCAAAUACCAAAGUUGCCAAAAGCUACGAAGUUGUAACACAAACAAAGACAAGCAACAAACCAAGCGUACAUAUGAAACAUUACGACUUCACUUCUUUUUCUUCUUCCUCUCUAGAUAUGUCGACAAACUUAUUAAAAACAAGAAUUUUUAAUGUAGACGAACAAUCGCCCUCUGUUACAAUAGAAGGGACUACCACCAUAUCAGAUAGCCCGCCACAGAACGAAACACCCCACUAUUUGAAAAUAUGGGCGGCAGCCGCUUCCAUAACUACCAUGGGUAUUUCCUUAGCAACUGGCUCUUUGUUCUAUUUUGUCCUCCGUUUUAGACGGAGAAAAUCACAGACUAGAAAUAAUCAACAGCAUUUUGUCGGAAUUAUUCAACGGGGUGGGGGAGGAGAAGGAAGGAAAGAAAGAAGAACACAUAAUUCUAAGUGGACAGCAUCAGAUGAAGUGAAAAUGACCCACAGCGCAAUACCUUGGACAAACGGCUUGUAUAUAUUGCAUCGUAAGACUUCGGGAGAGAAUUUGGUUGAUGGAAACUAUGUAGAACCACCACUUCCUCUUUUCCUC